AUGCGGACCACCAAAACAGAUAUUUCAUCACCAAAAAUAAAUAUCCUCAUUGGUGUAGUCGGUAACACUCUAGUCUUUCACACUGGUACCUCGGGUUCGAUUCCCGAAUGGGGAGCUUUUUUUAUUGAAAAUCUUUCCAGAGAUUUAUGUAAUGUAAUCAUGUAA